AUGGCACCGACUUUGGCUACGGCGACGGGCAUUACGCCGCAGGUGUUGGACGAUUUGCGACUGCAGAAGUUGAUCGAGAAUAUGCAUGCAAUUGAUUCAGGACAGAUAGCCAACAGUCUGAAUUCAUUAAGCGAUUUGCUUCGCCCCUAUCAGACCUGGGUUUUUGAAGAACAGGUUGACUUGCACGACUGGAUUUAUCCGCUUAACGUGAUCGACGCCGCCCUGUGUCAUUACAUGAAAACAUAUCCGUCGAUGCUACUUGUCAAUCCUGUGGAGCGCAGGCGCGGGCAACCGAAAGCGCUUUCAUCUUCGGCUAGAUCUCUCACCGAUGUAGACUCUGUACCGGCCUCUUGUUACCCCCAUCUGUACAUCCUUCUCCGUUUCCUUGAAGGUUUGUUGCGGAACUCCACCAGCAAAUCAAUUUUUAAUUCGGCCGAGGAACUCGUUGAUUUGCUGGCUGCGGCGGACGAUGAAACCUCCGAUUUGGCCUUGACGGCGCUGCUGGCACUGUCGCUGCCACCCGCCUUACAUAAGCAGCAAGCGCCCGAAGUACAGCAGCACACGACCACCUUGCACAACGCAAAGAUGCCUUCGCACUCGCGGUUGACCGCCAUAGCCAGAGGCUGGGGAACUCGUGCUAUGGGACUCGGCUUGUGGAGCGUUAUAAAAGCCGAUGACUCAGUCCAUGGUCAGGGUUCUUUACCGGGAGAAGCAGGCCGACUAAGUGUUUGCUACUACAGCAGAGAGUCUCAAAACGAAGUGAAUGAGGAGUCGCAAAUGGUUCGUAUAUAUUUAAACGAAUCGGAUAUUAUGGUAGGAGGAAGCGCUGAAAUAAGCAUGGAUAGUACCAGCGAUGCCUUGACUGCGGAAAGUGAUCAAGUUUCCAAGAAACGACGGAUCGGAAAGAUUCCGCGCAAAGAAACCAAAUCUACAGCAGAACUCUACUACCUCGUUCUGGAAAGGGCGGGGGGAAUGGACAAGAUUCCAUCUGAUCGUCUUUUUCCUUUGUUAGCCGACAUUCGUCUGGCUCGCUCCUUUCAUUCCCAGGCCGCUCGAAUCGGCGCCGUUGAGCGGCGACUCAGAGCUCUCACGACCAUUUUACACGCGCAUCCUUCACAAGAAGUCAUGAAUGGGUAUUUUCAAGCUCAACCGGAACUCUGUGUGGAGAUUGUUGAUCUACUUCGACCGACUGUUAGUUCCGCCAACAUCGCCGCUGCGUCGGGAAGGGCGACAGAGACCAACUCUCCGUUGCAAAGAGAUGCUAUCACUUGUCUGUCAUCAUGUCAGCCUGUACCAUAUACUAUACGAAUGCUAGCGGUGGAAUCUUUGGCGGCUUUGGUGGCUCGUAGGGACGGAUCGACUGGGGCGCUUUCCGGAAGUGCUCGACUUUCGACCGUGCUGGCAGAACUUGGCAUUGGGAAAGGCUAUUACUUGGGGUUGUUGCCGACACUUCUUCGAUACUCGCUUGCUUCGCUAGACUCUCCAGGGCAUGAAUCUAUUCUUCCAGAGAUUGAACCAGAAGACUUGGACGAUGCUACGAUGCUUGAUGUAGGUAUGGCUUUUGUGGAAGCGACGAUGGAACCCCUGCCACCAAGAAUUGUGCAAGUGGAGCGAACGUUGGAGUUUGUCGACAAUCUUUUGACAUUGACGUCAACAAUCGUUUCGACACCGACCGGUACUGCUGCACUCACUGACUGCGGCCUAAUCCCGGCUCUCCUGGCGACCGUGGCUCAUGACUUGGAUCGCACUAUACAACGGCUGCUGCCAGACUCUUCGAAUUGCUCCACUCAAGAGAUUCUCCGCGUUUACUCGUUGCUUCGAUUUGUGCUUGCACAAGCUGUGCAGAUCUUAGAGGGAGCGAUUGUUACGCACGGAAAUGCGUUGACAGCUUUCCACGAUCUGCGUGGUGUCGAAGUUUUGUCAGGUCGGUUGUCGGGAGAAAUCGUUACGACCGGGCCGGACAUGCUCUCGAGAGGCCAGCAAAAAAGCGAAAGGGAGGAAUUGGAGCAUACCCAGACGUUUGUAUCCGAGUUUGAUACCAAGAUUCGGUCUUCUCAGCGAGGACUGCUUUUUAGUAUCAUCACUUACUUGACCGUUGUGUUUCAUCAAGAGUCAACAGCAUCGACUUCUGCCACAAAUCCAUCUGGUGGUGCACAAAUUCGGCAGGAAGGACUCACUCGGGCACUGAUCCAUGUCAUGGAGCAUGUUAGCUCGUAUGGCGGACACGUGGCAUCUCUAACUGCUACCCUGCUUUCGGACGUCAUGAAUAGUGACCCUCACGUAGUCAGCUACAUCCAUGAAUCCGGUAUUGCGAAAUCGUUCCUCAGUAUGGUAGUCGGGCGAAGGGUGAAAGCGGGAGAUAGUACGGAUACUUACGAGCCAGUUUUACCUCCUGUCCCUGAAUUGGUUAUGGCUGUUCCCAAUGUCUUGUCAGCGUUGUCGCUGACAGAAGACGGGGCCAAAGUCAUUUACGAAAUAAAUCCGUUUCCGUCUCUUAUGCGCAUAUUUUACCAUCCAAAUUAUGCGAUGCCGAAAAGCCGAUGCCUGUUAAAUGAGAUCACUGGAAUAAUCGGAACUGGACUGGAUGAGCUUAUGCGACACGUUGAACGGUUGAAGCCACUUGUUAUGGAAGCGGUUGCGAACGCAAUGAAAGACGUUGUUAUGUACGCCGAGGAUCUGAAGAAACGAGAGAACCAGUUUUUUUUCUUGUCGACAUCGCCGCUUCCAGACAGGGGAUUAGAAGAUGAACGUUCAUGCCUUAUGCAGUACGUGCUCAAUUUUGGACAGCUCCUCGAACAGCUUCUUCACAACGAUGGGCACUGUGAACCAUUCGUCAACUCGGGAGGUCUAGUCGCAUUGAUGCAAUUAUUUCCUGCUUCUUUGCCUGGAGGAUUUCAGUUCCUCACUCAUGCUAGUGGCCUAAGCUCUCCAUCAGUUAGCACCUUACACCAUUCUACAAUCGAAGACUCUUUGUCUGUUGCGUUCAAGUGCAUUGAAUUUCGAUACGACUCUUUGCAACUUUUUCGUGCUUUAAUGGAGGCAAUAAACGAUGCACUCGACAGUGCCGAGCAAAAUGAGCGCAACUUACUAUCCCAAGAGGAUACUGUGUUUUGUCUUGAUUGUUUUCCGCAAGUUCCCGUAUACCAAUUCGAUGACUCUCCUGUCUCGAUCCGUCAAGCUCUUCUCGUUUCAAAUUAUUUGAUCGACGUUACUAAUAUCCAAUGGCUCACUAGCCUUCUUGCCACUGCUCUCAAAUCGGCAUGCCACAAAAGCCAGGAAUCUGGUACAGGCUGGGGCAAACGAGAAAAGGAAUGGAAAACAGAAAUUUCUUCCGAGAACUUUACGAAAAUCUUCGGUCGGUUGUCAGAUAUGCACCAGUCCUGUUUCUAUGACGUCUGUCGUGUUAGGACAGUACCUGGAUUCGAAGAAAGGGAAAGGAUGCGACAAAUCACAAAAUCGCCUCGAUUACGCUUCCGACUGCGAAUUGUUUGUCCUGAAGGUGCCGUUGUUCGUGAUGGUAUCGAGAUCGAUUCCUGUGCUACAGUUGGAAAUAUGGAAAUGGGAGAAGUAGUGGAAUCGUUCGAUCGAUGUGUCAACUCGUCGGGCAUACUUCGUUAUAGAACGACUAGAGGGUGGGUUUCAGAGAUGACUCGAGGUCAUGGUCGUGAGCCUAUUGCUGAGAUUGUUGGCAUGUGGCUAAGCACAAAUGAAAACACCAUGGACAAUGAAGCGGGACCGACAAAGCGAUUGGAAGCAGCCGUUCCCGAUGUCAGGACCGUCGCGACAGGCAUACUCGCGAGGCUUCAAAUCAGCUUUUCGGAUCUGUACUUAGCUGUUUCGAGGGUGAUCGUCCAGAGUAUUCGAACACUAACGCCGGGAGCGAUUUCAUUUGACAGCGGUACGCAAGGAUCUCAUGUUUCGACGACUACGAAGCUAUUGUCGUUACAUCUGAAAAGGUCACUUAAUAUUACUCCCGUUCGUGAAGCGGUCCAUCAAUUCAGAGUCGCUGGUGAUGGCUACAGGCCUGACCCCUCGCAUGCAGCCGCAGCAAUGUAUCUUGGAUGUAUGCUCUCUCAAGCUCAAAGUUGCCUGUUUGACGAAAAGAGAGAGCGAAGAGCACUUAAUUUUUCUCUUCUCGUCAAUCUGCUCCAUUCAGAUUCUAUAAUGCAUGCCACAUCACGCCGGAUGGCAUCUGCGGUUGGAUCGGCAGAUAUGAUGGAAAUCGAAAGUUCUUUUGGAUUAUUGGAGGCUGCUUCUUUUGUCCUCCGCUUUAGUUUGACGGACUUGGAUUCUCGCUCGUUGGGAGAAUCGCUCUGUAAUAGAAUGAACGAGAGCAGCGCCCCACUUUGCGCUCCGCCACAGAAAGUAUCGCGAUGGGUAGCGGCCAGUUUUCCGCCGGCGAUCUCGUUGCUUCGGAGGCUCCUCGUCACUCCGGUAUCGACCUCUCCAGUCGUGUCGGUGCUGAGUCGAAUUAAAUUGAAAGACAUCUCGACUCUUGUUGGAUUAGAUGAUAGUCACAUUGCCUUUUCAAAAAGUGGAAAGUUGGACAACUUCUUUCAACCCGAAGAUAUUUGGCGAGUCUUGCAAACAACAGUCUCCUACGUCGUCCGUGAGCUCUGGUCUGAUGCGCUGUUUCCCAAGACUCCACCAUAUUUAGUGCAUCCCGUAACCAAUUUGAUCGGAGAAAUACUGGUCGCACUGGAAGAUAUUUCGAAGCUUUCGAAGAACGUUUCCAGUCAUAGUAGUUCAGGAGAUUCGCGAAGUGGAGGAACUCGCCUCCGAGACUGGUUGAGAGAAAGGGCACGCCCGUCUGUAGAUGGGCAAAACCUUGAUGAAGACAGUUUUGAAGCUAGCGAUGAGGCCAUAUUGAGAUUGACAGAAAUGGGUUUCACAGGUGAGCACGCGGUGGAUGCACUGGAAUCCGUGAGAAGCAAUCGUGUGGAGGUCGCAAUGGAAUAUGCGUUGUCGCAUCCACCUCCGAGUCCAUCAACUGUUGAAAGGCGGCGAGUCGGACGUGAGGAGCGCGAGAGGCAAAGAGCUGCACUCCAGCAAGCGACGACUUCCCAGCUUGAAGUUGACCAAAAUGGCUCCAUGAAUGCUGAGAAUAGAUCUACUAUACCGUCUCAAAACAGUUGCUACCCUGAGGAUAGCUUGGAAAUGGAACAGAAUUCUUCUGAAGACGUUGGUACCGCAUUUGUCAGCCAUGAAUUGAAGACUUGGAAGAAGUCGAUUUUAAAUGUGUGUUGCGAUAUUCUUACCAAAAUGCCCAUAAGUAAGAUACCGAAGCAUGGCGAAGGUGAUGGCGAUCUUGAAGCUCAGACUGUUGUGGUAGCAUCCUUUCUCCUUGAUGCAGCAAAUCGGUUUCCUGAGGACCGUGCUUGUAUCGUAUCGCGGAUUCUUGAUGAAAUUGUUUGCCGCAUUACAUGCAUCGAAAUCGAUCUGAUCAAAAAGUACAGUAUUGACGAUACCAACGAAUCCAGUAUCGCUGUCCUUUGCCAUGCAACAGUUCUUUUUGCUCGAGCUUUACCUAGAGCCAGGGUAUUGAUCCUCGAAAAGAGUUUAAUUGGGCCUUUGCUCUCUUGCACACUUGGAGUUGCAGAAGCUAAUGCGGCCAACAGUAGGAGUGAUGCUACUUGGCCGAUGUGGCUGGCUCCUGCUGUCUUACUUCUUGACAUCAUGGCACAGCCUAUUGUUGCUUUUGCUGACCUUAACUCUUCCGAGCCAAACGAGCUAGAUCAUGGAAAUGAACUCCAACGUGUCCGUCAUGAACACCGGUCUCAGUCCGAGUUCAUGUCCAUCGUAGCUAGAAGAAUUUUUUCAGAUACUCCGUUUCAAAGCCAAUCAACCGACCCCAAAACGAGUUCAACGGAUAAAAGGGGGCAAGAUAUUCCCUCCUUGGUCCCUGCAUAUCUUCCUUUGCUACCGAGCGAGGCCAUAGAUGAUUGCCUCAAUUUGUGCAACUUACUGAUUGGAUCACGACGGUGUACCGCUUUGGACCGUGGCGCGCCCCCUGGUGUCACACAUGCCUCUCUUUUGUUACUUCUUCGCAUGGUUCGAUCUCCCAAAAAUUCUUCAACGUGUUUGCGUCUGGGCUUUGCGGAAUCAGUUCUCAACCUUCCAAAAGAAUGCAGAUUUACUGGAAGCGCAGGUCUAGUUACAAUUUUGUUGCGUCGGUUGCUUGAGGAUGAGUUUACACUACAGGCAUCGAUGGAAACUGAGAUACGGAGCACAGUGACUAAAUUGCAUUCCAUGCAUCAAGGCGGUUCUCGGGAGAGUCAAAGAGUCUCAGCACCACUCUCUUCCUUUAUCGACUCGAUCACACCGCUUCUCUGCCGCGAGCCUAUUUCAUUUUUGCGAGCAAUGGCAAUUUCUGUGAAGGUCGAAAACAAAUCUUCCGAGGCAGGUGUUGUUGUGCUUCUUUCUGCUAAAGAGAAAGAUAUGUACAAGGCAUUAUUAAAUGACAUCGUGAGGCCUUUGAGUAUUGAAACCGAAGCCGGGGCAACCAGAUUGAGUCAUCCGAGCACUCGCCCAAGAAAGUCCUCAGGCGGAAUCUCGAAGGAAAAGACUACACACAAACUAACAAAACGAGGAAACGUGUCGAAACAAUCGAGAAGAGGAAAGCAUGAGCCUCUUAAACCGACAAUCUCGUCCGCCAGCUCAUCACCAGCAAAUCGUAUUACUUUCCUGCUGAUCACGGAGGUGAUGGUGUUGACGGAAGGUGGGGCUUUAUCUCAUGAUCCAAUUCGGCAGACUCGGUUUCUCUGGGCCGGCGACUUGCUUGAAAUUUUAGCGGACUUGAUUCUGGCAGUCCCCGCAUGUGCUUCUUCAGUACACAAUUAUCGACCGCACAAGGCGAAACACAGAGUUUAUAGGAACGGACUACCGGGGUCCUUCGCCCAUGCCUUAUCGGGUUUGCCUUCACCGGCGAGAACUUUCGUGAGUUUUCUGCUCCACAAACUUCUUCCUCAAGACCGAUGGUCAAUCAAGAAUGAUCCAACCAUCUGGGAGCGUCGACAAGACGGUGACUAUUUUGAAAUGGAAUCCAUUGUUGACAAAAAACAAAAGGCCUAUCAGGUAGCGAAGUUAUCGCAGACGUCUGCAAGAGUCCUUGUUGCUCUUGUUGCGCGCCCUGGAGAAGGAAGGAAACGCGUUGUUUCUGAAUUAGUGUUUGCCUUAAGUGGGGGUCGGCUCGGGCAUGGAGCCGAGGGUGUGGAAGAUGAACUGAAAUCUGAAUGCCCCCAAAAGGCUCCUAUUCCAAAAACUGAGCUCCACGCCCUUACCGUAUGGGGCGAACUCUGCCAAGGACUAGCUGCGCCCAGAAGUAAUGGAAAAAUGGUUGACACUAUAAAUUCACUGAACAUUGACAAUGUGAAGCUAAUGCUGGAACAUGGUGUAGCACACGGGUUGAUGUAUUCAAUGCACCGUGUAAAUCUUUCAAGUCCCAUGGCUUCGGAUGUAUGCGCCAGUCUCUUGCUUCCCUUGGAGCUUUUGACAAGACCAGGAGUUACAGAUGCUUUGAAGGCAGCGAAAGAUAGUGAGGAGCGACCCGAUGGUGGAAAAGGAGACGGAGCCGGCAGUUCGUCUUUUGAACGGCAAGGAGACCUUAUGUCAUCAGAUGGGGAAAAUAAUGGCGCCUCAUUUCCGGUCAUCGAGGCUGUUCAAGGAAAUGCUCGUGAUGACGGAACCGAAGAAGACCCGGAUGACAUGGAAAUUGAGGAAGGUGAUGUGACGGAGAAUGAUGGGUCCAACGGUAGUGAAGAAUCCGAUUCCAUUUCUUCCGACAGCGACGAAAGCGAGGAUGAUUCAGGUCACGACGAUGAGUUUUCAACAGAUAUGGACGACGACGAAGAAGUGAGCAGCGACGAAGUGGAGGAGGAAGGUGAGUGGAACGUCGACUUCGGAGAGCCCUAUGAAAACAGUCAACGUGGGGAUCAAAACGAUUUUGAUGAGGUCGAAGAUGACGGGACCGAGCGUGGAGAUCCUGGCGGAGACGAAGGGUGGACUCGAGUAGAGUCAUCCGGCUUCGGAGGCAUGGUCCUCGGUGGACUUGGUCGUCGACUCAACGGAGGACCACAUGCAGUUGAUCCAAACGGACGCGCGAGGGGGUUUAUUGAUGCUGCAGAAACAAUGAUUGGGUCGUUGCUAAGAACUGGUGAAAUAAGUUCGGAAGCGAUUGCAGAAAUCGAAGGCACUCUCGGUAUCAAUAUUACAACAGGUUCCCGACGUGGUCGGACGGCAGCCAUGACUGUUAACGGAACAGGAAUCGAUGAUUCUUUUGCAAACAGAAUAUGGGGAAGUGGGAAUGUCGGUAUUGAAGGCAACUCCAGGCCUGAGGUACUCGGGACGCUACCUCACGUGCAUCAGCGAAGUCAACCUGAUGUUGGAUACUCCGCUUUUGGAACUACGCUAAGAAUGACUGAAGGAAGCUCGAUGGAGUUUGUUUUCGGUGGUCCUUCAGUCACGUCAGGAAACCGGAGCUAUGAUACUGUCUCUCCUCUGCGCGCAAAUACAGAUGAUCGUUUUCCAGCCAUCUCACAGCUCGAUCUGCAACUAUUUCCGGGCGGUCCUUCAUCUGCUGCAAGUGCUAGGACGCAGCAAGCUUUACAUCCGCUUCUCUGUGGCAUUGAUCUUCCUCCAAUGAAUUCCCUUGUGUCAGAUUUGCUUCCCCACGGAAUCAGAGCCACAAGAAGAGGUGAGAUGACAACCCGAAGGCCUGGUAAUUGGAGCAACUCGUCUUUUGCUCAAGGAAACUACCUCAUGUCCACGUCAAACGGAAACAUUGUCAGAUCGAGUCCCCCCCUGCCCGGGAACCACACAGGCCUUUCACAGACUUCUGGCAAUAGUAGCGGCCCCGUCGGUUGGACUGACGAUGGCUUGCCUUUUGAUGUAACAGUGGAGCAAUUCAGCUCAGCAUUUCAAGAAGCUAUUUUAUUUUCUUCGACUGCUUCUACCACUUCUCCUGGAGAAGAAGGCAAUCAAGAAGCCUCUCGGUUGCCCCAACCGCUUACAUCCGAAAUUAGCACUUUGUACCCACAUGUAGAAGGCAAUCCAAGUUUUUCUCAUGUCGAAACAAAUGUGGAUCGGUCCAUCACUGGGACUCCCGCAGUAAGCGAAGCUCAUAUCCACGAGGAAAUUCGGACGAAUAGUCCAAUUACCAGUAUUGACGGAGACAGGGUUGCAUCAUCUUUGGCCCGUGGUCUCCGUCUCUCCUCAGGAAGUGGGGGUACUGCUACUGCGGAGGGUUCAGUGACUGGCGAAGAUCCGCCUUCUGAUUCUGAGGGAGACGCAGGGGAGAAUACGGACGAGAAUCUUACUGUUCCAAUGAAUCAGAAUGGAGCGAGCGCUACUGAAAGGAUUUCAAACGAUAACGUACCUCAAGCUCUAGACCAAAUGAUGUUGGAUGAGCGGUCAGUAGUUUUGCGUCCUCAAGCAUCCAACCAUGAUGCAUCGCAAGGUGUAACGCCAAAUACAAACGAACUCGGACUUUCGUGCCCACCGGAUGUUGACAUGGAAGUGUUCAAUAGCCUACCCGUGGAUAUGCAGCAAGAUUGCAUAGAUCACUACAACGGCGCACAGGAGCUGGUCGCUCAACUAGACGGUUCCACAUUGGACCCAGAAGUUCUUGCUGCCCUUCCAGAGGACAUGAGAAGGGAAGUUAUUGAGCAGGAACGCCUUGCUAGGGGGCAACAAGAUCCGCCUGCCGAUCCUGCCAGGGCUGAGGAUAUGGAUACGGCAAGUUUCCUUGCUUCUGUAGGGCCCGAUCUCCGAGAAGAAAUUUUAGUGUCGGCAGACAACGACUUUCUUGCUAGCCUCCCGCCAAGUAUCGCGGCGGAGGCCCAAAUUCUGAGGGAAAGGGCAUCCGCUCAACAUAGAAGACUGUACGAAAAUCCGAUUGCAGACGUUCCGAACCAGGGCCUUCAUCAAGAGGUAGGAGCUGUGCAUCACCGAUCUUCCGCAGCGAAUACGUCGUCAGUCAGACGCCACCGUGUCGGAAGAUUACGAGUUGAAGUCGAUCGCCAAGCCCCUUUGUAUCUCCCUGAGCAUCUACCGUAUCCCGUGUCUGCCGCAGAUCUCACGCUAUUUUUCAAGCUGAUGUAUUUGCUGUCUCCUAUUCGACCCCAGCGCCUUCUACAAAGGCUCUUUCAGAAUCUUUCGACAAACCAUGACCUCCGGGUUGUGCUGUCCUCAAUCCUCGUUAAUCUCCUACACGAAGAUAGCGUUGGGGCACAGGCAGUAGCAGAGUCUUAUAUGAAAGAAUACUCAUCCGAGGACUGUUGGCGAAAAUCGAUGGAUGUAUUGUUCGAUCAAAUAGAGAACUUUCCUCCGACUGUUCUUCUUGGAGCCGCCGCUCAAGAUUCUGCAGUAGACGCGUUCUCUAUGAGCGUCUCUGCUUCGCUUCUGCGACGGAGACAAGGGCUCGGGACCGCCGCAGCUGUUGCUGCCAACCUACCACGUGGCUCAGCAGGUUCCCACUCAGCCUCACGCUUGCCCCCCGUAGUGGCUACACGACUAAUUGAAACCGCUCUUCAAUUGUGCAAAAAUUCGCCCCGCUUCAGUUUACAUUGCAUAACGGAACCAAUUGCUGAUGUGUCCUUAGGAGGCAGGACCACCUGCUUUGAGAAGUUCCUAGAUCUUCUGGACAAACCGAUGUUCGCAAAGAGCUCGACAAACCUAGACCAGCUUCUAUCACUUCUUGAAGCUGCUAUUUCACCUCUUUCGCAUCUGUCCCGUACUCCCGACGAAGAGAUUGAGAUCCCACAGUCAGACGUUGAAGCAGCGGCAUUGAGUGGAAAAAUUUGGGUCCAAGCACCUGGCAUUGAGAUCUCACCAGAACGGCUGAAGCGUUUGUGCUCUAUUCUUCGUAUGGAGACAUUUCGAGACAACGCUUUUUCCAAAGUCAACACAAUUGUUCGGCGGCUAUGCCGAGUUGAAUCUAAUAGAGGAUUAGUGUUGGCUGAGCUUGCCGGGGUUGCUCAUUCACUCGCAAGCGAUUCAAUUCAUGAUCUUAGAGCGUUGAGGAUCCGUAUAGAUGAAGCUGUGUCUGCCCAUGCAAAACAACAAUUCAUCGUCCGCGAAAACCAAACCGGAAAGGAAAGCCACCGAACCUUGGGAGCAGUCUCGAGUUCGGUGACUUUGUCAACGAGCACAAGCGAGCUGAAAUUGUUACGUGUUCUACAGACGCUACAAGCGUUGUGCGCUGACAUUCCCGACGGAUCUUCCAGCAAAAAGGACUCCAGCGUUGUCGUCACUGACGAAUUAGUCCACAUACUCCGCCAGAUAGAAUUUGAUGAUCUCUGGAACGAGCUGAACUUGUGUUUAAAGGUGGUUCAAGUUUUGGAAGGGGUGAAGGAUGCCAAUGGGAAGGAGAACGAAACAGGAUUGGAAAAUACCGAUCGCAACGAUGACGAAGAUGGUAGUAUUGAUGAAAAUGCAGCGCAGACGAAGAAGCUUCGGAAUAGCGCUGCUGGUCUCUUGACACGAUUUCUACCGUCAAUUGAAGCAUUCUUUGUAGCAAAUGCAAGUGCAACUCGAGUUGUGGGCGAAGAUUUUGCAGAUGGAGCUGCGAUUGCCCUAGAGAAUCUUGUUGGUGGCAAGAGGCUGCUUGAUUUUGUUUCAGGCAAUAGAGUUUUGCUGAAUGCUUUAAUUCGCAAUAACUCUGGGCUGCUUGACAAAGGGCUCCGAGCGCUCGUUCAAACACCAAGAUGUAGAGCCUUUCUGGAUUUCGAUGUGAAAC